AAUAGUAUAUCCAACAUAGAACUAGUUUUCAACCUAUAAAUACAAGCCUAAUCUUCUCUGUUUGUCAAUCAUACUUGCAGAAUUCUCUCUAUCUCUCUCUUUCUUUCUCUCUCUACCUAUUUGAGAUGGAGAUGGGUGGGAAGAAUUUAAAAUGUCUGGCAACUAUUGCUUUCAUUUGUGCUUUUGUUUGGUCUUUUAGUUUGCAAAAUUGCCAAGCUAGAGGAGGCAAGCAUUGGGCACAUAGAAAAACUGGAGGCUACCGCCACGGGCGCAUUCAUCGUCACCGUGGAGGCAGCAGCUCGUUGGGGUUGACGGACAGUGGCCAUGUUGGGAGUGAGGAUGUUGUGGGAGCCUCACUAGCAAGUAAAGGUGAUGCUAGUAAAGGUGGUUCAGGCAAUUUUAAUGUGUUGGACUUUGGAGCUAAAGGUGAUGGAAGGGCAGAUGACACUAAGGCAUUUCAGGCAGCUUGGGAAUCAGCUUGCAAUGCAGAGAAAUCAACUGUAGAGGUUCCCUCGGGGUCGGAGUUCCUCGUUGGCCCCAUUUCAUUCUCUGGUCCUAAUUGCAAACCGAACAUUGUGUUUCAGUUGGAUGGCAAAAUCAUCGCUCCUACAAGCCCUAGUGCUUGGGGUUCAGGUCUCUUACAAUGGAUUGAAUUCACUAAACUCAAAGGGAUUACAGUGAAAGGUACAGGUACUAUUGAUGGACAAGGCUCGGUUUGGUGGAAUGACUCACCCACAUAUGAUCCUACUGACGAAAAUUUGGACAAGGAAAGCAGUAGUAGAAAACUUCCAAGCACCAAACCAACUGCACUUAGGUUCUAUGGAAGUGAUGGAGUGACGGUCUCUGGAAUAACCAUCCAAAACAGCCAACAGGCUCACCUGAAAUUUGAUAGUUGCACAUCAGUUCAGGUUUCUUCAUUAACCAUUUCAUCGCCAGGUGACAGCCCAAACACAGAUGGAAUUCACCUGCAGAAUUCUCAGAAUGUGAUCAUUUCAAACAGCAAUCUAGCUUGUGGAGAUGAUUGUAUAUCCAUACAAACGGGAAGCUCAGCUGUAUACAUACACAAUGUCAACUGUGGACCAGGCCACGGAAUUAGCAUCGGAGGACUAGGACGUGAUCAAACAAAAGCAUGUGUUUCCAAUGUUACAGUCCGUGACGUCAAACUGCAGAAUACAAUGAAUGGGGUCAGAAUAAAAACAUGGCAGGGGGGUUCAGGUUUAGUACAGGGAAUACUGUUCUCAAACAUUCAAGUUUCAGACGUUAAAACUCCAAUAAUGAUAGACCAAUACUACUGCGAUGGGGGUAGCUGCCAUAACGGAUCUUCUGCAGUAGCAAUUUCAGGGGUAAACUACGUAAACAUAAGAGGAACAUACACUUCAACGCCAGUCCAUUUAGCUUGCAGUGACAGCCUUCCAUGCACAGGUGUGACAUUAGACACCAUUCAGCUUGAGGGGAGUGGCCGCUCCAACGAACCAUUCUGUUGGAAGGCAUAUGGUGAACUGAAAACCUCCACUGUCCCUGCCAUUGAAUGCUUGCAGUCUGGAAAUCCAGGGAAAGCUCAGUCUCACAAUUCUUGCUAAGCUCAGCAGCUAAAGAUUAAAUAGAUUACAGAAAAGAAAAAUUCACAUCGUAAACUGCUUAGAAACAGAAGAAAAAACUAUGGUAUACUGCUUAGAAAAGAAUUGCUAUAUGCUGCAAAAAGGGGUCCUAUAGAUAGAGAUAUUCAGUCACUGAUGAAGAGUUGGGAGAGAAUUUUACGCGGUGUAGGCUGCUUGGAUAUAGUAAGAUUAAUUUAGAUACGAUAUUGUUUGCUACAGAAAUGGUCCUUGCUCAUGAUUCAUCAUUCAUGCAUAGUAAGAUAAAUUUAUACUUUUAUAAACCACCUGAGUAAAAAUUCCACGAAUUCAAAAUUCCACACUUCUUCGUGAAAUGAUUAGCACAGAAAUCACCUAAUUACCAGAUUAUCGUCAAAUAAAACGAAAAAAAUGACACGAACAACUGAUAAAAACUUAUAUAUUACAUCGAACCUU